UCACUGUUUUUUUCGAUGGUGGUAUUAUUUGAUUAUCGUUUCAAUUGCAUCUUUACUCUCAUUAUGUCUUGAUAGACUUGACGUAUUUGAAUUUAUCUGUUCUACUGAGUUGGAAAGCUUGAUGAAAAGGCCACCAAUCUCGACUUUGGUUUCGAUGGUGAUGAAAUGUCACAAGAAUUCUCAGGGAUUCUUUUAGAGGACUUCAAUGCAUCGGAAGGUUUCGAUUACGGUAUUGGACAAUUGGAAACUAGCGCUCUCAAUCCAUCAGCAUCAUCUAUACCUUCAUGGCUCUUACCCUCCACCAGUUCCUAUUCGUACACCCAGCCUUCAUUGCCUUACAAUGAUACACCUACCGUGCCUUCGAUUACCACAGCUCAUGCGAAUCCAUCUAUGGUUAAGCCUAUGUUACCUCCAUCGAAGGCCACUGCUAGACCUGCUCCCAGGGAACACUCUGCAGAAGAGUGGGAGCGUCAGAGAAUAAAUUUCACUCAACUCUACACGACUGAAGACAAGCACCUCAAUGAGGUGACGAAAAUUAUGGAAAAUGAAUAUGGAUUCCGUGCAACGCCACGACAAUACAAGCGACGGAUUGAACAAUGGAAGUUGAUUAAGAACAUUAAGGAAAAUGACAUGAGAGUUAUUCUACGCAAAGACUUGAAGAGGAAACGCGAAGGAAAGAACAGCGAGUUCCGCAUUAAUGGCCGGGAAGUUGAACCAAAGAAGAUUCAACGCUUCGCGCAGAGAUAUAAAGUAACCGAGGAGUCAAUCCUUGAGUUUAAUGUUGAAACUCCUUGUUAUAUUGAUUGCGAUACCCCAGCACCGAUAGUUGAAGAUGAAGACAUACAGCAUCAUAUAAUAGGAGAAGUCAACAUACCAGACUCAAUAAUACUUUCUCCACCAGCGGUCGAGUCAGACCAAGACCGAGAGAUUCGGAUAGUCGACAAUAGGAAAACAGUUCUGAAUGAGUUCAUUCGAAAACUUGGUGCUGCCAUUCCCAUUGAUUCUACAUUCGAUCUCUCUGUCUUCAAGUAUCCUCUUGGAAUAGAUGAUCUUUCAGACAGGAAGUUUGAAAGAUUGAUCUGCUACGUAAGAUAGAAUACUCGCUAUAUCCAAGACUGUCAAUGUUGAUUUUCUUGAUCACUAAUGUUUAUCGUAGAAACUUGACAAAGUCCAUCUUUCAAUGCUCGACGUCCCUUACUAUUGGCUUCCCUGCACUAAAUUGUUCACACAGUACCGUUUUUCUCGCUGGAAUCGCCAUUUUCCACUGGAGAGGGUACAUCAAUUUCCACGCAGUAUUAUUCUACUCGCAUUCUAUCUUUUCGAGAAGAACCAUUCUGAAGAUAAUUCGAAACUGAGAUCGACCAUUCGAUUGUACGAGAAUUCCACUUUUCAGUACAUGUUGUAUUGUAGCAUUAUAAAUUGCUGUUCAAAACGAGUCUCGGGAAUUGAAGAAUUUCCGCAAUUUGAUUAUUUUCUUCGACACCCCCUACAAAUCCCAUCUUUCGUGGAGUUCCUGAAUUUCGAUCGUCAUAUGCUUCAAGCGACAGUUCAAUUGAUAAGAUCUCUUGAUGAGGAUUUUUUUGUCACGAGAAAAUUGUCUAUCGAUGCCUGGGAUAAUUUUGUGAGGACAACGGAAAAGGAAUUGAAAGAUUUGGAUGAUCUAGAUCUGAUUUCUUCUUUUUGUUAGGAGACCAAAGGCAUUACUAUCUAAUAAUAUGGGAAUACAGCAGGCUUGCAUGAAGAUAUACGAAUUAUGUUAUAAUGAUCAUGCUAUCGUUCUUUAAGGAUGAUGAUCUUCGAAUCAUGGGGUGUUCAGCAAACAGAUAAUUUCGUGCAAAGGAUCUGGAUAUCCAUUGGGACGGAAUUUCCGUCUUCGUGCAAAACGAAGGGCGGGUGGGAUGGAUGAAAUUCAUGAAGCACACAUUCCAAAAAAAGCUCGUUUAAUUACUGAGAAAUUCGAACGUAUGUUUUCACAAUUUUCUUGGGGAGGUUUACAUAUUCAUACUCAUAGUAUAUGGAGUUGAAACAGGGAAUGAAAUUUCUUCGCUUGGUUGAAUAUAUUUCAGAGAAAUAAAGGUUGUUAUAGUAUUAUGGCAUCGAAGUUUGAUAUCUACAGGGAGGAGUUCUUUCUUGGAAGGAUAGGAGUUGAGAACAUGAUCGUGAUAUCUAUUUUCAUUCGUGGUGUGAAUCGGAAUUUUUUAGUGGGUGGAUGGAG